AUGCGCGGCCAUCUCUUUAAUUCAUUAACGCUUGCUUUGAUCUUCCUCCCAAGCAGUUCAGUCGCGUGGUUUGGAGAAGGACGGAAUCAGCAAAGAGAGAAACGAGGGAAUUCAACUUCGAGCCUAUCACCGUUGGUAGUUCCACCAAGUCAAUACUGGGAUGGAGUAGAUGGAAAAUGGUCGUCAGUGGCACUCCGGCUUGGCUCUCCUGCACAAAGUGUCCGAGCUAUCGUCUCAACGAACUCUCCGCAAACUUUUGUUGUGCUACCACAAGGCUGCGAUACGAUUGCCAUAGAUCCAGUUCCUCCUAAUUGCGCGAGCGGUCGAGGUGGACUUUUUAAUCCCAAUACAUCAGCGACUUGGCAGGAUCAGGGGCUCUUUGGAAUUAAUGGUGAUGGGGUUGGACUCGAAGCAGCGCUCGGAUAUAUGCAAUACGCAGAUUAUGGCCUGGAGGAUGUAGGGUUGGGCUUUUCUGGAGGAGGUGCGAACACACCUACGUUAAAGAAUCAGACUGUAUCCGGAAUUGCAUCAGUUUCCCCAAUUUAUUUCGGACUGUUUGGUUUAGGCACACAACCCGUCAAUUAUAGCAGCAUCGGAAAUUUCUCCGCGCCGUCUUAUUUUUCGUCCCUGAGAGCACAAAAGUUAAUUCCUAGUCUGAGUUGGAGUUACACCGCUGGUGCCAAAUACCGUAGGCUUGUAUCCAGUUUUCGGCCGGACGCUUUUGCUGAUACUUGUAUAGGGCUCAAAGCUGGACAGUACGCGCAGCUGAUAUUCGGGGGGUAUGAUAGUUCCCGAUUUGUCCCAAAUUCGGCGGGUUUCAAUCUAGCCAGUGAUAUAAACCGGGACAUAGUUGUUGGUGUACAAUCAAUCGUAUACAGUAGCACUACUCAAACGAAUCUCCUUCCGACGCCCAUUUAUGCAUUCAUCGAAUCAACAGACCCAAACUUUUGGCUUCCGACAGAAGCAUGCUCAGCAUUCGAAAAUGCAUUUGGAAUAUCCGUCGACAACAGCACGGGCCUCUACCUGAUCAACACAACACAUUACACUUACCUUAAGACCUCAAAUCCAACUGUCAUUUUCACAUUAGCAAAUAGUUUGGAUGGCGGGGAUUCUGUUGAUAUUCAACUCCCAUUCAACUCGUUCGCUCUUCAAGCUUCCUAUCCUUUUACACCUAACGACACAUUCUACUUUCCCCUCAGGACAGCCGCCAAUGAGACGCAGUAUACCCUGGGGAGGACGUUUCUCCAAGAAGCGUAUUUGACCGUCGAUUAUGAAAGGGGAAAUUUCUCCGUCAGCCAGUGUCUUUGGAAUGAUGGCGCUGCAUCCCAAGUUGUAACUAUUUCGGCACCCUCAAAUGGAACCAACGGUAAUGGCGGUAGUGAAAGCAAGCAGAAGUCCCAAGCUGUCAAGAAGCCAGGAGUGAGCACUGGGGCAAUCGUAGGAAUCGUUGUGGGUUUUCUAGUUGUGCUCGCCGUGGGAGGAGCAUUGUUAUGGAUUUUUCUUCGACUGCGCAAGCGCCCACCACCACAAAUAGAACUUUCAACAGUAGCGGCACCGAGUAUAGUGUCUGAUCAUCCCACCGGUCAAACGCCCUACGAAGGACCCCAUGAUCCCUUCUCUGAUCAAGGAACGGCGCACGAUUCAUUCCCUCCUGACAAAAAGCCAGAGUGGGAGCAGAUGCCUAUAAUGCCUCAUCAGGUCCUCCAUCAUCAAAGGUCAGAACUGGCGAAUACGACAGAAAUUUUCCAACUUGCCGAUUGUGACAACCGAGAAGGAACCUACGAUGCUGAUACUGAACGAAUGAAAUCUAUACGAAGAGCGACGAAUACUUCAGAACUCCCAGCCUCAUCAACUUUAUUUGAAUUAGAAGCAGAUCCGGUCACACAAGCAGGAAGAUCACGAGAUCUCCUUCCUUCUCCGGCGCCAACAUUCGCUUCCAGGUAUACCGAGACGACUCUCGGUCCAACUACUACAGGGUUUCCGGUCUCACCUCAGUCUGCGGCUAGGGCAAGCGGCCGAAGCCAAAGUCCUGCACAUAGCGUGCGAAGUGAACCGAUGACGUGGCUAACAAUAUCUCCCGCGGAUAGUACACGGCGUGGCCUCAGAACACCUCGAGCAGAGUCUCCCGAUCCAGAAAACCAACUACUGUCAAGAGACGGUACUCCUUCGCCCAGAUCUCGAUAUUUUAAUACCAGCGAACAAAGACCAGUAGAGAGUUCUCUCUCCAGAGACAAUUCUGCACCACACAUCGGAAAUCUGUAUCGACCUUGA